AGAACACCAAGAGGAAUACUAGAUAGUCUUUAUUUCUGUUUCCUCUCUCUCCUUCUUUGCCCCAAGAAGCAUCAACAUGCCAUCUUAAUUCCAUUUUCCCCCCCUAUUUCUCUUUACUUCGGCUUGAUCAGUCUCCUCUGCUUGUUCAUAUCCAUCUCCCUCUUCAAGAAAUCAAAUCAAAAUGAGAUAAUUGUAUCCCAUGGAAAAGGAAAUACAAAAUUUAUUCUCUCUAUUUGUACUAGAUGGACAGUGAUGAUUCAAGCAUAGAACUACUGUUUGAGUAUGAGGAUGGUGGAGUAGACUCCAUUAGUAACCCCAAGAAGCGAAAGCAAACAAAUCACAUGAAUGAGACAGAUGUGAUAAACCUUUCAAAUGUUGAGAACACAACUGGCAGUAGAGCUUCUUUUCAUACUAAUAGUGAACUCUUUGAGCCUUCUAUAUGCCAUCCAACAUCAAAUCCACCAUCAACAACUUGGAUUCCUCCAUUAGAAGAACAACAUGAAACAACAGAAGUUGCAAAAUUCCAAGCUCUAAUUGACAAUGGAGACAACGAGUUUCAAUUGAAUGUCAUUUAUGAUACUUCCCAACAUGGAGUUUCUAGCUAUGAAACCUCAAAUCCUUCCAAUGAGAAUUUGGAGUUAGGAUCAUCAGCAGGAAGUAAUAGAUCUUUCCUUGAGAAUGCGAAUUCAAACCAGAACUUCAAGGAAUCAACACAUUCAAGGUUUGAAGGCCCAAGGUCUCCCAUUGAGGAUGGCAUAAGUGCACAACGAACAGAAUUAUUAUCAUUUUUUACUCCUGUAAUGGAAGAAAACAUCCUAGAAAAUACAACUGGCAUGCUUCAAAUGCUUUACUCAGGGAAUGAGGUCAACUCAGUUCAACAAAAUCAACUCCAUGGUCAAUAUAGUAAAGGAAAUACCCUCCAUGCCAAGCAGUUGUUGCCUCAACAUACAGAACCACUCAAUUUGAGUAAUAGCACAAUGUUUGCUACUCAAUUUGGAGUAGAAAACAUGAUAAACUAUAGUAUCAACAACAAUGAGCAAGUGAUGCCCUACCUUAACACAUUACCUCAAAGCUCUACGAUGGAGAUGGAAUUUUUAAAUGAAAGAUUAGUUAGCAACCAACAAUCACCUAAUACUUUGUUUUCUAAUUACCAAAAUGAUAUUUAUAGGCCCUUGGCUCCAUUAAGGUCUCAGCAUGUUUCUUAUCAACAUAAUCAAUUUCCCUUGGCACCUAGAGGAUAUCAUGAGAAUAUGUUGCCUGACCUUUCUAUGUCUUUAAGGAGCCCAAUAUUACCUCAGCAUCAUCAAGUUAAUCAAGAACUCAAUAGAGCCAAUAUGAUGCUAAAUAUAUUGGAUCCAAUGUAUGCCAACCCUAUGAUGCUUUCAAGGCCACAACAGUUACUAAAUCAUCAGCACAUGAUGACAAUGAAUUUACCUAAUUCAUGGCAUCAUAAUUCUGAAUGUCUAGGAACUUUGUUUCCAAGUGUAUCUAAUUACCAGCAACUAAACCAAGCCUUAGAAGCACCAAAUAUGAUGGAUUUUGCAUUCCAAAACUCUUUUCUUGACACCCCAUCCAUGUCUUCUAGGCUACAAACUAUGCAACACCAAGGACUUUUGAAUCAAAGAACUAGACCAAUUGCCUCAUAUCCUGGAUCUAUGACAUCCCCAUCUAGUUUAAUCUUUGACUCAUCAACCCUUCCAGAAACUGCAGGAUUCAACAUUGACCUAUCGAUUCCACAGCAGAUGGAAAACUCAACUAACAACGUGCAAGGGAAUGAUGGUCGACAAGGCCAAGCUUGGAGCAUAGUUGAAUUGGGUGAAUCACCAACAUUGAAACAAUUUAAGAGGGAAUCCAAUAGGAAUUCUUUAUUUCCUCAGGUUGAAGCCAUUCAUCGUAACUCUUCAAGUUUUUUCCCUCCAAGGCACAUGAAAAAUUCACUCUAUGAUCCAAUAUUUGAAGGGAUUGGACUUCCCAUUGACCCCCAUCUGAGGCUUUUUGAUAAUCCAAGACGCUAGCCUCUAGGUGCAAGAGCUCAUGCCAAAUUCUACUAGCUGUCAAGUUUGAACUUAUAGUACAUGGAAUGUUGGUUUCCUAAUAAAUCCCCAAAAGGCAUUAUGGUGUUGAUGUUUUCUAUAGGAAGAAAGUUUAAUUUUUAUC